UUGAAGGGAGAAUCUCUCAUUUCUCUAUUAAUAUUAUUAUUAAGUCUCAACAGAAAAACCCUCUUCAUCUUCAUCAUCUUCUUCUUCUUCUUCCAAUUUUCCCUUUGUUCUUUUCUCUUCACAUACAUGACGACGUCGUUUGGAGCAGCUGCGAGCACAGCUACGCUCAAGGACCCCAGGGUUCAGAUCCCGAGCUUUCAUGGAUUGAGGUCUGCAUCAGCAUCAGCAUCAUCUCUCGCUCGCAAUGCCCUUUCGGUCCCUUCAGCCACUCGCUCCCUCUCACUCAUACGAGCUGUCUCCACGCCUGCAAAGACUGAGACUGCCACUGAGAAGCGCAGCAAAGUUGAAAUAUUCAAAGAACAAAGUAAUUACAUAAGAUAUCCUCUUAAUGAGGAGUUGUUGACGGAUGCACCUAAUAUAAAUGAGCCUGCCACACAAAUGAUCAAGUUUCAUGGUAGCUAUCAACAGUACAAUAGAGACGAACGUGGUUCGAGAACCUAUUCGUUCAUGAUACGUACUAAGAACCCUUGUGGGAAAGUUUCGAACCAACUUUACUUGACAAUGGAUGAUCUUGCUGACCAGUUUGGAAUCGGGACACUUCGUUUGACCACCAGACAAACGUUUCAGCUCCAUGGUGUUGUCAAGAAGGACCUUAAAACAGUAAUGAGCACCAUUAUUCGCAAUAUGGGCUCGUCUCUUGGUGCGUGUGGUGACCUAAACAGAAAUGUACUUGCUCCUGCUGCUCCGCUUGUAAGAAAAGACUACCUCUUUGCUCAACAAACUGCAGAAAACCUUGCUGCACUCCUGACUCCCCAGUCUGGUUUUUACUAUGAUAUUUGGGUUGAUGGAGAAAGGAUUAUGUCAUCAGAACCACCUGAAGUAACUCGGGCACGAAAUGACAAUUCUCAUGGCACAAACUUCCCAGAUUCACCUGAGCCCAUCUAUGGAGCUCAGUUCUUGCCAAGGAAAUUUAAAAUUGCUGUAACGGUGCCAACUGAUAACUCAGUGGAUAUUCUCACAAAUGAUAUUGGUGUUGUUGUUGUUACUGAUGAUAAUGGGGAGCCUCAAGGGUUCAACAUAUAUGUUGGUGGUGGAAUGGGAAGAACACAUAGGUUGGAAACCACUUUUGCCCGCUUGGCUGAACCAUUGGGUUAUGUACCAAAAGAGGAUAUUUUGUAUGCAGUGAAAGCAAUUGUUGUUACCCAACGAGAAAAUGGGAGAAGAGAUGACCGCAAGUAUAGUAGAAUGAAAUAUUUAAUCAGCUCUUGGGGAAUUGAAAAGUUCAGAAGUGUAGUUGAGCAAUAUUAUGGCAAGAAAUUUGAACCUUUCCGCAAAUUGCCGGAGUGGGAAUUUAAAAGUUAUCUUGGAUGGCAUCAGCAGGGUGAUGGCAGUUUAUUUUGUGGGCUUCAUGUUGAUAAUGGUCGUGUUGGUGGAAAAAUGAAAAAGACAUUGAGGGAGGUUAUUGAGAAGUAUAAUUUGAAUGUUCGGAUCACUCCAAAUCAGAACAUCAUCUUGACUGAUAUUCGUGCUGCAUGGAAGCGUCCCAUCACAACGACUCUUGCUCAAGCUGGUCUGCUGCAACCUAGAUUUGUAGAUCCCCUCAAUAUAACGGCAAUGGCAUGCCCUGCUUUCCCAUUAUGUCCACUGGCAAUUACUGAAGCUGAACGUGGGAUACCAAACAUUCUUAAGCGGAUUCGUGCUGUUUUUGAGAAGGUUGGUUUAAAGUAUAACGAGUUUGUAGUUGUAAGGAUAACUGGCUGCCCUAAUGGCUGUGCUAGACCAUACAUGGCCGAACUUGGACUGGUUGGUGAUGGCCCGAAUAGCUAUCAGAUUUGGCUUGGAGGAAACAAGAAUCAAACGUCAUUAGCUCAAAGUUUCAUGGACAAGGUGAAGCUUCAAGACCUGGAAAAAGUUCUGGAGCCUUUGUUUUAUUACUGGAAGCAAAAGCGUCAAUCUAAAGAAGAAUCAUUCGGUGACUUCACAAGCCGCAUGGGAUUUGAAAAGCUUAAAGAACUUGUUGAGAAAUGGGAUGGUCCAGUAGUAGCACCAGCACGCUACAACCUCAAGCUUUUUGCCGACAAGGAGACAUACGAAGCAGUGGAUGAAUUAGCAAAGCUUCAAAAUAAGAGUGCUCAUCAGCUGGCCAUGGAAGUUAUCCGCAAUUUUGUUGCUUCCAACCAAAAUGGAAAAGGUGAAUCAUUUUAUUGACUUGGACAAGGAAGACGUUUGUGAUGUUGCUUUUUGGUUGACUGGAAAUAUGGAUAGACGACUGAACAUAACUCUCUUUGCUGUUACUUUGUGGUAACCGUGGGGGUGGACUGAAUUAAUGCUUGGGUAUUUUUUUUUUAUUAACUUUUAUCCUAAACAGCUUUCAGCUAGUAACUCUUGGUACAUGAUUUUGAUUAUAAGUUUUUCGGAACACAAAAUAAGGCUUUCUAUCAUUUCUGUAUCGAAUUUUGGGUGUUAACAACUUACCCCCCACCCCCCAAACACAACAAUUUAUCCUGUUAGGUAAUCCUUUCUUUCAGCUUUGUUCUUGCUCCAAUGAAGUUAAUUAACCGGGAUUUGUUUAUUGUAAUCUGGUUAAUUAGUGAUUAACUACAGAUUGUGGUGCAUCUGGGAAACAUUUGAUGUGGUUGGGCUAGAGCCUAGAAUAGAAGGAUUUCAUUUAUCAUGA